UUCAAAAUUUAAAUAUUCCAAACCUGACAUUGACUGAAUUUAAAAUAAAUUAAAAGAAAAACGUUUCUAAAUGAAAAACCCUAUAGCAACAAUAGCACAACGGAUGUUGUGGUAAAAUUUAACAGCAAAUUAAAGAAGAAAAACCGUUACAGGAAAAUUUACCAAAAAAUAAAAACAGAAAGAUUACAAAACAAUCACACAAUAAUGACUCUAUAAAUACAUGAAGCAAUAACAACGAAAAUCAUUCAUUUAUACGAUUGAAAUGUGAAUUUGAACACGCACAGCCACAAAAAGAAAAAAACAACAACAGUAGCAGCAAAACGAAAUGACAAUACAGCAACAAAAAUCGCAAUUUUUGUCAUUGUUGUAUGAAACUAUAAAAGCAACAACAACAGCAGCUGUAACAACAUCAAUACAGAAAACAAAAGAAACAUUAAUAAACAACUAUAACUACGAAAGUGAGAACAAUUUAACAGCCACAACUACCACCACAACAACAUAUAAGCUAUUGCAUAUGAGGACGAAUACAACAACCACAGCAGCAGCAGCAACAACAACAACGACUACAACAGCCAAUUUACUGCCAAAAACAGCAUUCCUUUACGCCUCAAGUCCACUAACAACAACAGCUACAUCAACAACAACAUCAUCAUCAUCAACAACUACGUCUUUACCGCACCACUAUUACCUUUGGGAAAAUGCUUCAUUAUCAUCUGCAUCAGCUACCAACACCACCACUUCUUUAGUUGUUGAUUUAGUAGAAUCUUUAACCUCCCUAGAGAAUUUCACCAACAACUUGACCAACACUACAGGAAUAUUAUCUUCUCCUUUGCCACUUAAUGGCAAUUUUACUUGGGAUGCAACUACAGCAACGGCCACAACCAUAACCAUAUCAACACGCACCUCUAGCAAUGUAGCCACAUUACCACCCUUUAUCGACUCCUACUUGGUGGGUAUGGCAUGGUCAAAGGCUUUGGUUGUGGCUAUAUUUAUGUUACUCAUCUUGGUUACGGUAGUUGGUAAUACUCUGGUGAUUUUAGCUGUCCUAACAACACGUCGCCUGCGUACGGUAACAAAUUGUUUUGUACUUAAUUUGGCCAUAACGGAUUGGUUAGUGGGGACGUGUGUUAUGCCACCAGCUGUUAUCCAUUACAUUGCUGAAGGGGUUUGGCGUUUUGGUUGGAUUUUAUGUGAUAUUUGGAUUUCUUUAGAUGUUUUACUAUGUACAGCUUCUAUUUUAAGUUUAUGUGCCAUAAGUUUAGACAGAUAUUUAGCAGUAACACAACCCUUAACGUAUUCCAAAAAUAGACGUACCAAACGUUUAGCCUUAUUCAUGAUAUUUAUUGUUUGGGUGACGGCAUUGUCCAUAACAUGUCCACCGUAUUUGGGUUGGUAUGAACCUGGUCGCCGUGAAGAAGGUUACACGGUGUGUCGUUACAAUCAAAAUAAAGGAUAUGUGGUAUUCUCAGCAAUGGGUUCAUUUUUUAUACCACUGGCUGUGAUGCUUUAUGUUUAUUUAAAAAUUGGCUACGUUUUGACAUCCCGUCGUCAAAGGAUUGUUCGUGAUGCGAACUCUGAACGCACAGCAGAUCAUGAGAUUGAUUGUGAUAAUUUUCUCUCCGAGUCGGAGCACUUUCACUGUGGCCCGCAAAAAUUUCCUUCUUUCAAAACACGCUGGACCAUUGAGGGCAGUGCCAGUGCUGGCAAUAGUAAAACCAACAGUUUAAAAUGCAGUAAAUGCAACAAAAACUACAUAGAUCAAAAUAGUUUAAAACAUCAGGCUUCAUUUUAUGAACUUGUUGAAAUUUCACGUCUAUCAGUACAAACAUCAGUAUUACCACCUGUGGCAACAUGUACAUCGAUUAAUUGUCGUUACGGUGAUGGUACGUGUACACCAACAGCUGCAGCAACAACAAAUGUUACCUUUAGCAUAGGAGGAGAUGGUCUGGGGCAGAGAGGCUCAUCGCUACCGAUACAAACAUUGCAUUGUACGGAUAGUCGUACAUCUUUUUCGGAAACUUGUUUAGCACAGGCAAUGACUCAAAUUGGUAAAUAUGCCACAAAUGGCCAACAACAGCAGCAUCAACACCACGGCCAUCAUACGCACAAUCAGCAUCACAAUCAUCAGCAUGGUCACCACCAUCAUCAUCGUGUUCCCAUGCGAGUUUCAACAACAAAACGAGAUACAAAAACCGCCAAAACUUUAACCAUGGUUAUGGGUGGAUUCAUUGCCUGUUGGUUGCCAUUUUUCGUUUACUACAUACUGAUACCAUUUCUACCGCCCGCUGCUGUCUCUGAAGGUCUCAUGUCAUUUUUGACUUGGGUCGGUUGGGUGAAUUGUGCCAUCAAUCCAUUUAUCUAUGCUUUUUACAAUCCGGAUUUUCGUACUGCAUUCUGGCGGUUGACAUGUAAACGAAUUUGCAAGCAAAAGUCACCCGCAAAUCAUAUGACCAUGUUUAGAGGAUAAAAGUUUUUAAAGGUUGAAGCUGCAACAGCAACAACCAAACACUGAUGUUGCUGUUGUCGAUAUCCAGGACAUUGUUAAUGCUGUGGCCGUUACUGUAGAACAAAAAACAUGAAAUGACAUAGAAAUAAGUAAAAGAAUUUCAAACAUACAUACCAACGCACACCAAAUAGAAACUGUUGUAAAUAUUUAGAAAACAGUGGUUUUUUACUAGCAUUUAAGUUAAAUUUUCUGUUUUGAUCUCGGAUAUGUAAUUUAAGUAGUGCUAUAGCAGUUUAUUGUUAUACAAAUUGUUAAAAUUUCAAAUUAUUUUUUAAUCCUAUUUCCGGUAUAUGAUUUUUUAAGCUUAAUUAAAACUGUAAACUUUUUAUCAUCAUAAGUAUUUAUUUGUAUUAUGUGUAAAAUUUUUUAAUUAAUCUUUAGUUAUCU